UUUCAUUUAACAGCACGAAACAUUUACCUAAAUGUCAUUUGAAAGAUUUAGAUGGUAUUUUUUUGAAAAAGAAGACUGCGCGUUCCUCUCGUGAAUAGUCUCGACUAAACAUGCGCAAAGGAUGUUUAUAAUGCGACAUUGAUGCUUUGAUUAUGCAACACCUGAUCGACUCACGUGAUACGCUGCUUGUAUCUGCCGAGCCAUCGAGAGAAUCAUCAGACGUCCCUGUGUGCAUAGGUUUUAUGUAUUCAACAGAAAUGGCGAAGAAUGUGACGAAUUGUUUUAAGCUGAAGGCCAAAAUAUUGUGUUAAAAAUGACAGAAUCUGUGUGUACAGUUACCGAAGAGGUGUUCGAAGGUGAAAGGAGCAAGAAAAGAGAAGAGAAAGGGAAGAAAAGUGAAUACUCUCGUAGAGACCAGACGAACGGCAAAGCAGCUGUCGAAUGGGGAAAUUCUAAACGUCAUACAUUUGAAAAUGCGAAUGAGAGCGGGGCUAUUUUCGCAGCUAGUCUUAGCAACAUGUCACCAGAGGAGUACGCUCGAAAACUUGCGGAGUUUAACGCGCAGAAUGGCUCUUAUAUGAAAAACGCUUAUCCAUCGGUUGAUCCUCGAGCGUACUAUGGUUGGAUGCCAACCACCGGAUUUAAUCCUAUGCGAGUUCCUGCGUUUAUUUAUCCACAUUCUCUUGUUGGAUUCGCCCCAACUUUUGCGUGGAUGCAGUCUAAUGAUUCCAACGCUAUUAAAACAUUUGGGAAAGUUGCAAACGUUCCAAAGGUUGAACGCUGGAAAGGCAGUCGAAAGGAACAACAGCAUUCGAUUUGCAACUCUGAUCUUACUAGUCUGGCGAAUCACGAUGGCUCAACAGUCUACGCUAAAAGUGAUUCGAGCUCUGAAAACGUUUCCGAGUCUGUUAAAGCAACAAAUAGUGAUGAAGAUGAGGGUAUGGUACUUGACGAGCGUGAAACGUUAAAAAGACGUCGUCAAAAGGAUGCUGAAAAAAAUCAAACGCCUCAAGACUUCAAAAUUACAGAGAGACGAAGUAGCGUUAUACAAGAGAACAAGUCGAUUCAUGUACAACAAUCAGCAUUGUUGAAUCGUUCUUCUCAUCUUUUUGACGAUAAAUCAUCUAUGAACACUGAAAUUGAUCAGAAUAAGCCUGCAAAAAGAGGUCGAGCGUCUACACGGCAAAUCGAGAAGACUGAACAGUAUUGGGAUCGUCGUAAGAAAAAUAACAUGAGCGCUAAAAAGUCUCGAGAUGCUCGUAGGCAACGCGAAGCUCUCAUAAAUCAACGUGCUGCUAUGUUAGAAACAGAAAAUCUUCGCUUAAGAGCGGAGUUGGCUACAGUAAGAGACGAAAAUUCUCGACUAAAACAAGAACUGAACAGUUUGAAAAUGACGCAAUCGUCUGCGUGAUUUCUUAAGUGUGUAUACAAUUGGUACAAUGAGAAGAGCUUGUAUUGUACAAAUAUGUAUCAUAUAUAAUUUGCUAAAGAGAUGGCCUCCGGAAGAAAUAUUCGAGAAAACGUUACAUCGACAUUCUGAUGGUUAAGCUCUAUACCUUUAAAAUCAUUUCCUCAAAGUUCAAGAAAGAUAGAGAGGGGAAGAGGGAAGGAAGGAGUAAUUGUUACACGGAACUAUUCGUCAUUUGUUCAUCUUUCAAAACUUUCCUCCGGUAGUUAUAUAACUUUAGUACGUAUAUCCAAGUUUAUCCAUAUUUGUUUAAGUGCUCAACUAAUUCUUUGUUUGGCCUAAGCUUUUCAAAGUAGUUAUAUAAGAAGAACUUGAUAAACGAUCUAUACCACAAUAGAUUUAUCAGAAAACUUUGCACACAUUUAUUUUUCCGUAAAUUGUAAAGCAUUUGAGGUUUUGCCAUUAACUUAACAUAAACCCUAUAUAAUUGGACUUCGAUUACUAUUGAAAUAAUUUGAAGGGAUUUAGAAAAACAGAUCAUAUGUGUUUUAACACCAAAUAUUUUAAUUCAAAGUAAGGCGCCUUCGCAAAAUCAUUAGCUUCAGUUUGUUUUUCAGUUUAUUGCAAAAGCAACACCUGCUUUUAAAAAAUCUUUCUAGACUUGUUAUUUAUAUAAGUUCUCACAAUCUGGCUUGCUAUAGACAAUUGCCUUGAGUGUGCGAGACGCCUAAAACUCACGUUUUUUUUAUUCGACGUGGCAAAGUCGACAAACUAUAAAGUAACUCAGUGAAAAUGCACAUCAAGUUUAACCCAUUUACAAUGCAUAUGAAUUAGUUUCAGUUUGAUAGGCCAAUGUAAGCCACCGAAGUCUUGCAUUAGAUUUAUAUUGUACAUAAAUAUAUGUUAUAUUCUUGUCUUUUAACAUAUUCUGUAGACUGUUUGUGUCACAUAAAUAUGUGAUUAACGAAUAACUCUCUUGUAUAGUUCAUAUGUGCUUCAUUUUGUGGAGCGUUUUAAUUCUAUAUAUAUAUACAUAUAUAUACGUACGUGUGUGUACAAUACUUUAUUCAUAUACUAUGUAAUUAUGAUAUAUCUUCAUAAGUUUGCGAGAAAAUUCAAUAUUACGAUAUUGCACUUUAACGUGA